CUUUUGUGUAUAGAAUGUAAACUUCAAUCAAUUUUAAACAGCCUAUUAAAUUACAGUAAAGAAACAGCAGUUGAAUAAAGCAGUCACUAUCGAUAUAAGUCUGUGAAAAUGUAUAUUAGCAAUUAAACGUUCUUGCCAGUAACAUAAGAUCAUACAUUUUUUUUUUAUUCUUCACUUUAAUAUUUGAAAUUUAUAAAAAUGGGCGUUUGCAGUGUAACAGCCCAAAAGUUUUGGAUGGUUGGAUCAUGCACAGUUAUACUUUUAUUAGCCCUGGUGAUAGCCUUAUUGUGGCCUACAUUAUCAUUAAAAUACUUAGUAUAUCCAAAGUUGAAACUUACUAAUGGUACACUUAAUUAUGAUAAUUGGAAGGAGACUCCAAUUCCGAUGUAUUUAGAAAUUUACCUUUUCAAUUGGACCAAUUCAGAUGAAAUACAUAAUAGAUCUGUAAAGCCUAAUUUUGUUGAAAUGGGUCCUUAUGUAUUCCAUGAAAAGCACAUACGAACGAAUAUAUCGUGGAGCGAUGACUCUACAACUGUUGACUUUUACCAAAAACGAGUUUGGCACUUUAAGCCUGAAUUAUCAAAUGGAAGUUUAGAUGAUGAGAUCACAAAUAUAAAUCCUCUUGUUGCCGCAGUUGGAUAUGCAUCACGUAAUCUAGAUUCACUAACAAGACUGAUGGUAAAUACGCUAUUCAUCGAUGAUUUAGCACCUUUAUUUAAGACAAAGAAAGCUCGCGAGCUUCUUUUUGAUGGAUAUGAUGAUGAGUUAUUGCACGUUCUUAAAGCUAAUCAUGAUCCAAAGUUCCCAAGUAUCCCAUUCGAGAAAAUGGGAUGGUUUGUUGAACGAAACAAUUCAGAAACUUACGACGGAAAGUUCAGAAUGUUUACUGGAACUGACGAGAUUACAAAAUUAGGAAAUAUUGAAAUGUGGAAUGGAAAUACAACGACUGGAUUACAUACCAAUAGCUGCUCAGUUGUGAGAGGAACUUCUGGCGAGCUGUGGCCACCAAUUGAGAAUCAUGAAAAGCCAGGAAUUUCAAUUUUUGCUCCAGACAUUUGCAGAACAAUCGACCUUAAAUAUGACUCAGAUUUUUCCAAACUUGGCAUUAACGGGUACAAAUGGAUUGCUGAUGACUCAGUAUUUGAUAAUGGAGUCAAAUACCCUGAAAUGAAAUGUUACUGUUCAGCAGAUGAAAAACUAUGUCCAGAUCUUGCACCUGGUGUCUUCAAUGCAUCUAGUUGUAAAUAUAGCUCACCUGCAUUUAUAAGCUUCCCUCACUUUUAUCUUGCUGACAAGACAUACCUCGCUGACAUUACUGGAUUAAAACCCAAUAAAACUUUACAUACAUUUUCAAUAGCUUUGGAACCACAAACUGGAAUUCCACUCUCAAUCAAUGCUGCACUACAGAUUAACAUCCUUAUUAAGCCUUGGAGCGGAAUCUUUGCAUUUGAUAACGUUCCAGAACUUUUUGUUCCAACACUUUGGUUCAAGCAGAAAGCUGACUUAACACCAGAACUAGCUGAUCAAGCGAAAUUAGCUGUUAUGGUUCCAUCACUUGGAGUUUGGAUUGGAUAUGGUUUAUUGGGAUUAGGUUUAUUAAUUGCAACUUCAGCACUAAAUUGCUAUAUAUUCCGAUGGAGGAACAGUGAAGAUGAAGAGGAUGGACAAGAUGUUCCGAUUUUGGAUGAAUAAGUUUUGGGAUUGUGCAUUCAUAGUGUGAUAAUCAUAGCUACACCAAUUUUUACUCCUUUUUAUUGUUUUUUAUUUUUAAACAAGGGACGGAAUUUUGUGAAAUUCAAUGUUUUUGAUGAUACAACGCUUUCGUGCUUAAUCUAUGGAUACAAAUCAUUUUAAUUGUAGUCAUGCACGUCUACCUCAAUUGACGUCUUUCAAUGUUGAUCAAAAUUUUGCAAAUUAAUCGAGUCGAGUCAAUAGUUCUCUGAUACUUAACAUUAUAUAAAAAGCAAUAUUAAGUGCGUAGCUCGGACAAUCACAUUUUUUCAAACUUACGUCUUUCACAACUAUUCGACUGAAUUUCACAAAAUUUAGCAACCCUUAAAAUGUAUUUUUAUUUGCGUUUUUAAUUUUAAUGACACCAAAUAACAAGUGCCAAUGACUAUCAAAUAUUUAUGAUUAUAAUAUGAAUACUAAUAGCAUUUUAUGUUAAGCUCUAAUUUGUUUAUGCUUUCCACAAGUUUUUUUUCCUAUUGACGAAAAUAAUUUACAGAAUGUUUUUUUAAAAUGCUUGUUGUUGGACACAUCUUUUGUUGUGAAUUCAAAAUAUUAUUGUGAUCUUGCCAUUGAGGAAUGUAAUCACAUUUUUCCUG